AUGUUUCCGGCAUAUGAUCGGGAUUCUCCUCCACGUCAUAUUGCUCCACUCGAUGAAGAAAACGAUUUCAGUGGUCGUUUUGGUUCGUUUGCUUCUAGAUCAAAGAAAAAAUGUGAAAAUAAGGAACAACAGAGAUGCGAACGUCAGGAAAGAAAAGCAAAACGAAAAAAAAAGCUUGAACGAGAACGGUUGUUAUCGCAGCAUUCUAUCAAAAUGGUCGGCAUCAAUUCUGAUGAUGAAAGUGAUAUCGAAGUACCUUUAGACUUCAUGUCUGUUGUAAAUAUUAAAGAAAAAAGGAAGCUAAAACGCUCAUCAAAAGAAAAGAAGACGAAGAAACGACGCAGACGGUCCACUUCAUCAUCUUCAUCUUCCAAGUCAUCAAAUUCAUCCAGAGACAGUACCAGUUCGAAUUUAAGCGAAGAUAAAUAUAAUGCGCGACUUUCAGUUCCGCAAAUACUAUGUGCAAACCAUCGGUGGAGUUUUAUGAUAAAGUUCGAUCCGUCCAACGCGAGAUCAUUCAUGGUGAUGGAUUUAAAAGGUGAUCGUUCUAAUGUGCAUUACGAGUCUUUAUACAAAAGUGACGUAGCACAGUAUGAAUUUUUAUUGAAGAAAGUCCUUGGUGGUAACGAAGUUCUUGAAAGGUUUCGUUUUGGUACUUCUGAGAAGAAGGAUAACUUCCAAAGAUACUUCAGCGAUAAAGUUAGGAAGACCUGGAAAGAAGAACCAGAACGGUUAUGGAGGACAAAAGAACUAAAACCUUUCACAGAUUACAUUGAGCUCUCUAAAUUUGCUUUGUCAGAAGAUGAUUUGAAGGAUGAGAGUGGAAAUUUGAGCUUGGAAAAGUGUAAAGCAAUUCAAGGUGGAAGAUCUUUGAUUGAGGCCACUGCAGAAGCAAGAAGUCGAAAGUAUAAUGCGGAAUUAGGAAAAGACCGAUAUAAUAUUGAAUUGUGGUUGAAAUUCUUGGCAGUUCAGGAUGAAGUGUUUUUGGCGCAAGACACUCUGGAAAAUAAAAAGACGAGGGAUGAGCGGCUUACGAAUCGUGAGCUCUUUGAACGAAAAAUGAGCAUUUUGGACAAGGCUGUUUCUUUUAAUUUCAACUGCGUGAAACUCAAACUAGAGCGGCUAAAAAUUGGAAUGCAUUUAUGGGAAGAGAAUGUCUUAAAUCGCGAAAUUAGAGAUGUGGAGUUCAGACAUGUCAAUGAUCCAGAAAUGUGGAAAGGCGUACUUGAUCUUUUGGAGAAUGACACGAGACGGUUCAAUCUUGCUAAUCAGUGUAUAAAGAUGAAAGUAUGUUUGGAAAAACUUGAUGAAAUACGGAACGGUAAAUUGUUGUCACACAAGGCACUGCCGAACACUGAACAAUUCAUGGCAUCUGUGAUCCUUCGUAGAAUACGUCUUCUGUGGAAAUGUGGACAUAUUGAAAAGGCAAUUGGGACGGCUCAAGCUAUUUGCGAAUUUAACUUAUGUGUUCCAGAAUCAUUUAGAAAUGCGAAGUUGGAAGAUAAACGAAAACUUUUCGAAGCUUUCUGGGAUAGUGGAAUCGCUCGUAUCGGCGAUGAAGGCGCAGAAGGAUGGGCGAAAUCAUUAGAACACUUAAAGAAAGGAAUGGUAAAAACAGAUCUGUCGAUGUGCGAAGAGGAACAGUUGGAAUAUGACAAAAAGGAGACUGAAUUAUGUAACAGAGUUGGCUCAAAUGGUUUAAAGUUACCUUGUCAUCUUGUCUGGAUAGAAGUAGAACGUCUACGAACGCAGUAUCAGUGGAGGCCGAUCAGAGAUUUAGGCGCGACGUUUGAUGACAGAGAACGAGUUGUGACAUUUCAAGAUGUUGAGGAUGUAUUGUAUGUGCUUAGUCCUUCUGUUAUGUUCGAUCUUUUCUGCAGCAUUUUAGAAGAAUUUGGAGCACUGAUAUAUGGUCGGGACUCAACUUUACCAGCUAACAUUAUGCAUGAGUUUGCCAUUUUUCCUGAUCUUUCUCUGUUCUUGAGGAAUUUUGAAAAAUCAGUAAGCAGAUUUUUCGAGCUGGCUUCCAAUUACAUGGAAGAGAAACGUGAUUUAUUGCUGUCAUCACAACUUAUUACAUAUCUUAAUUUCCUUAAAAUGGAUGGUGAGUUGAAUGAAAAAGUACGUUUGAAGAAAUUUCGAGACGAAGCGAAAAGUAUAUGCAAUAUGAACAACAAUGUUAACAAUGUCUCGCUGAUGGCAACAUUUGCAGAAAAAAUGUAUGAGUUGGGAGAAAAAAACGUAGCAAAAGUUUGUGCUAAUAAAUUCCUCAUGACAAAUAUGUGGGGUGAAGGUGAAAAGGUACGAGCAAUUUCGCUACUUCGUAUGGCUAUUGUAUAUAUAUCUGCAACUGAUGACGAAACCGAGAAGCGGCGCCUCAUUGCGAGUUUCAUAUGUGAAGGAAAACCUAUGGUUGAUGUGACAACAGAUGCAGAAAAGAUUGAAAAAAAAGUCAACAUUCGUCUCCAUAAUCUUCUGACAGCUAAAUACACGGGCGAAACAUGGGAAGGCUCUGUAGUUGAUCUCGUGGCGUCACUGACUCUUCUUUUUGCAUAUUAUUAUGCUGAUAAUAGCAAACGAGUACACAAUUUGAAAAAAUGCUACGCAACUUUAUCUGGCAUCAUGAAUACUUCACAACGCAGAUUUACUAGAAAAUAUCUGGAACUGUUGCGAAUGCAUGUCACCAGUAAUCCAUGUGAACCUCAACGCUUGUUAGUAGAAGCAUCUAUAAUGGCUUAUCAAAAAUUUCCAACAGAGAUAUCUUUUUUGAAGACUUAUAUAGACUGUUGUGCUGUAGGAACACGUGUCAUACAUUUAAGAAGAUUCCUAGAAAAUGAUGUGGAAGAUUGGCACACAAAUUACUGCCUUGCUUUUGGUUCUGUAUACCUUGAGUUAUUCCGGCACAGAAUGUUGCUAGAGACAAAUGAUUUCCAAUCGCCUGAGCUGCAUCGUCUUAGAGCAGCUGUGAAAAAGUCAAGUGAGCGUAUCGGUCACCGUGAUGAUGUUUUUUGGCGAUUAUUACUGCUUAUCGAGAAUGAACGGAAAGACAUUCCACGUGCACGCGAGGUGUUCUACCUAGCAUAUACUGAAUGUCCAUGGUCUAAAUCACUCAUUAUGGAUUACAAAGACGUCAGUGCUGGUGAGCAUGAGAAAUUACUGGAUGCACUAGUGGAAAAGAAGCUAAGGCUCCGGUGUGAGCAUGAAGAAAUUGCUAUAUUAUUGGAUAUGAAAUGA